GAAAGCGGCGAGGGCGCUCACGAGGCUGCGUUCCCCAUGGCAACGGCCGGCCUGUAGUCAUAACCGCCCCAACGGCCGCCUGGGCUGCCGCGUCGCCAUGGCGGAGCUGGGCCUUAACGAGCACCACCAGAAUGAAGCCAUCAACUACAUGCGCUUUGCUCGUUUCAAGCGUGGCCUGUGUCUCAAAACAGUGGAUUCGUGCUUCCAGGACCUUAAGGACAGCAGGCUUGUUGAGGAGACCUUCACAGUUGAUGAGGUGGCAGACAUGCUGGAUGGGCUGCAGACCAUUGUGCACAGUGAAGUGGAGUCCGAGCUCAUAAAUACAACGUACACCAAUGUUUUACUUCUGCGCCAGCUCUUUUCACAGGCUGAGAAAUGGUACCUUAAGUUACAGACAGACAUCUCUGAAUUGGAGAAUCGAGAACUGUUGGAACAGGUUGCUGAGUUUGAAAAGUCGGAAUUUACAUCUUCAAACAAGAAGCCCAAUGCAGAGCUCAUUAAACCAAAACUGGCUCCCAUAAAUGAAGGAGGGUCAGAGCUGCUAAACAAGACAGUUGCUUGUCUCCAAGAAGAAAAUGAAAAAUUGAAGACCAGACUUAAGACAAUAGAAACACAGGCUACAGCUGCACUAGAUGAAAAAUCCAAACUAGAGAAGUCCCUGAAGGAUCUGCAGAUGAUCCAGGGAGAUCAAAAGACUGAUGUAAACAAGGAUAUCGUUGAACUGGAGAAUAAAGUGGCAGCUUUGAAAUGUCAGUUUGAGAAGACUUUGAGUGAUUCUACUGCAAACCAAAAGUUCCUGGAAGAGAACUUGGUGACAACAAAACAUGACUUGCUUAAGGUUCAGGAUCAGCUAUCCACAGCUGAGAAGGAGUUAGAGAAGAAGUUUCAGCAAACAGCUGCCUACCGCAACAUGAAGGAAAUUCUUACUAAGAAGAACGAGCAGAUAAAGGAUCUACGAAGAAGGCUUUCCAAAUAUGAGCCAGAAGACUGAGCUACCAAAAGCUGACAUAGGAAGAGCAUGGAGAGUGGUGUUAUUUUUAAUCAAAUUUUGUUUAAAAUAAUGUACAAUUUGCUUCUAGUGCUUAAAAUAACUUUCUAUGAAUACUAAAAGGAUGCUGAAACUUCUACCCUUCCUUAUAAACCCAUUGUUUAUUACUCUUAGUUUCUGUAGUCAUGUUUUAAGUUAAUCGUCAACAUUCCUUGAGAAAUAACAAGCAGCAUCUUAUUGAAGAUCUGAGGUGAUUCUUUACAAAGAAAGGAAUUUAUUUUUGUUAAGAAAAGGGGGGGAAAAAAAAGUAUUAGGUUUUUAGUGGUGUCUCUGAGGUGAAAACUGGAGUGGUUUUAUGAAGUAUGGUUCAUGUAGCCGUGAAGUGGCAUUGUUUGUGAAAACUGUGUUGGUAGCAGUAAAAAGUAGGAGGGAAGAAGGAAGAAACAUGCUGAUUCUAUAGCAUAAAUUCACACUGAGUGUCUGAUCUCUCUGCAAAAUGUGGCCAGUAACAUUUUGCUAGAGGCUAUUUGUUAGGUAGUGAGAGAAAUAUGCUUCACAGGAGAAGCAGUGGACUCUUUAAGGGGGGAAAAAAAAACCAAAAACAACACUAAUUGGAGCUAUGCUCUUUCACUUUAUUUGAAACAAAUGUUCACAUUAGGAUACAGAUUCUGAUUUUCUUCAUUACUUUUGAUGUUAAAGUGACAAUCUGAAAAAGCAUGAGGAAGUGGCUUAUAGAACAGCUUUCUUAAGAAAUAAGUUAUUGUAGAUGUUUUCACCUCCUUUCUUAUUGUAACCUCACUGGAAAACAGUUUACUCAAGCCUUCAGAGAAGACCUUGUAUUUAGCUGACAGCCUCUUCAUAGUGCAUUGUACUUACUUGUUUUUUUCUGUUCAUAUGUAUGUUGUAUGUUACUCUAAAUAAAACCAUUAUGUUUUAAAUUA